AUGUCUACUCCUCUGCAGCACGAGUUCCAGGACGAUGGCCAGAACAAUCGCCGGAGCAAUUCCGAAGGCCGGGAUAUGGCCCAUUUUACGAACCAUGUAAUUAUGGGAAUGAAUUUUGAGACGACAGAGAGAUAUUCGAAUAUAUACCCCAUUGGGAUUGGCACCUCGGGACUUGUCUGCUCCGCUAAGGAUCAGCUUCUGCGGCGGACCGUUGCGGUAAAGAAGGUUGCGGAGCCGUUUGGGAAUUCGAGUAUCUCCAAGCAUAUUUUUCGGGAGAUCAAGUUGCUGAACCAACUGCGUCAUGAUAAUAUCAUCAAUUUGAGCGAUAUGUUCAUCUCCCCCUCGGAGGACAUAUACCUCGUUACCGAUCUCAUGACGACCGACCUCAUGACUCUGCUGCGCGCCCGCAAAUUCGAUAAUCAAUUCACGCAGUAUUUCGUAUACCAAAUGAUGCGAGGCCUGAAAUAUGUCCAUUCAGCAGGGGUUGUCCACCGUGACUUGAAGCCUGCCAAUAUCCUCAUUAACGAGAACUGCGACUUGAAGAUUUGCGACUUCGGCCUCGCUCGAGUCCAAGAAACAAGUAUGACCGGCUAUGUCUCCACGCGAUUCUAUCGAGCCCCAGAGAUCAUGCUUACCUGGCAACGAUACAACGAGAAAGUCGAUAUCUGGAGCGUCGCCUGCAUUUUCGCGGAGAUGAUGCUUGGAGAGCCCUUGUUCCGGGGCGAAAACCAUAUCGAUCAGUUCUGUGUGAUUUCAAGGCUCUUAGGUGGCCCUCCACCAAAUUUGGUCGCCAGCGUGACUAGUGAGAAUACAUUGAACUUCCUGCGGUCUCUGCCAGCGCAGCCUCGUCAGCCACUCACGGUGAUUCUGCCACAAGCUGACGCAGCGACCUUGGAUUUGUUGGACAGGAUGCUCCAGUUAGACCCUGACGAGCGGAUCUCUGCCGCCGACGCUCUGAAGUCAGAAUAUCUUGCGCCCUAUCAUGACCCUGAUGACGAACCGGUCGCCGCUGCACGAAUUGAUUGGUCGAUGGUGGAUGCCAAUCUCCCGCCUGAUGUCUGGAAGACACUAAUAUAUGCAGAAGUCUUGAGGUAUCACUCGUCGGGCGGCGAACCACAGAUCCCACCGCGGGUCGAGAGCGAAGAACCCAAUACCUAA